CUGACAUCAUUUCGUUCUUCACUUGCUCGUCGUUUAUUUCGUUUUUGUCCCUCACGCCUUUUCGUCAUUCGUAAUUGUCUAGGCGAGUUUGUAUGUUACUCGUCUGAUGAAUAAGUUUUUUUCUUAAUUUAUUCAUAAUUAUUAGUAUAAUUAUUUUCAUUAAAUAAAAAUGAGUAUAUUCAGUGACGUCGAAGAAGCAGCUCCCAUUGAAGUGUUCCAUUUAGUGAAAGUAUUUAAUGAGGAUGACCAUCCUUUAAAAGUAAAUUUGACUGUUGGGGGUAUGUAAAAUAUUUACUGAUUACAAAUAUCAUUCCAUUGUAUAUUAGCUAUUUAUUCGGUUGUUCCCAUUGUAUGUUUUAGCAUACAGGACAGAUGAAGGUAAACCGUAUUAUAUUCCUGUCGUCAAAAAGGCUGAGAACAUAGUACUUGAGAAUACAGUGAAUCACGAAUACUUACCUAUAUUGGGCUUGGAAUCAUUUACCAAAUCUGCUUCACAACUUCUAUUGGGCGAUAUUACUAAACGACAAGAUGAUGGAACAGUAAUAAAUUACCUAUUAAUAGCCUAAAUUGCCUUAUAAUAAAUAAACAAGUUUAAAUGGCCCCUUAUGUUAAAUUUAGGUUUAAAGCUAAAAUAGAAACACACUAAAACUGAGAAAUUAGAAAUUUUUGUGAACAAUUGGUUUAAGUAAAUAUGUUUUUAAAAAUUGUUAAAACAACUUAAAUAAAUAUAUUGAGUUUUAACAAUUGUAGGUAUAUUAUUGUUCUAAAGUUAAGUUGUGCUUAUACGAUAACAAGUUUUUUUUUAUAAGAUUGAUAAUGGCACCUCAUAUUUUACAUGAAAAAUAAAUUGUGUAAUGCUCCUACACACCUAAAGGAUAAUCAUGCCACACCAGUUGAAGUCUGCUUGAUUGUACUUAUGAAAUUAUAAUAAAUAAUAUGUGUUAGGAUUUAUUUUUUAACAAUACUAAUUUUAUGAAUAUUAUCUUUUUGGUUCUUUACUUUUUUUUUUUUAUUAAAUAUAAUUAGUAUUAUUGUCCAGCCUUCAGUCAAAAAUAGAUCAGGACUAUGUCUAAUUACAGAGUCAUAGAUCAUGGUGAUUAUUGUUUCUGUAUUACAUAAAUAGUUAUCACAUAUCAAUGGAUGAGUAGUUCUAGUGAUUAUUAGGGUCCAAGAUUCUCAUUUUCUCAUUUAUGACGUUAUCUACUGCAUGAAAUUGUUUACUUCAGAAUUAACUUAUAAUAAUGAAAGAGAAAAUAUUAUUUUUUUUUUAUGUUAAUCUAAAAAAAUUACUUAAAUUGAUUUUACUCAUAUUGACAUUAAAAUAGAAAUACAAAUGCAUGUUGUAUAUUCUGUGCUACGAGAGAGUGUGAUCACCACGUGCAUCACAAUGAUGUAGUUCCAAUGUCCCGAGGUUAAAUUUCUCCUAUCAUGUGGUGUCCAUUUUUUAUAUACAGCAUAAGAAUUAAGGGAAUAAACACAUAUUAGUUGCUGCCCAAUCGUAAUAAAUAUUACAAUUUAAUGUGAUUCAACUUAAAUUCAUUAUAUACAAAGUUAAUAGAAAUUAACUAUGAUAAAGUUUAACUAUUUAUUAAACUUCAUUUAUACUCAACAUUAUUUAAUUUUAAUAAACAAAUUAUUCUUAUUUAAAUAUUCUCAAAAUGUAUAAAACACAAAUUUAAAUAUAAUAAGUAAAAUGUACAAUGUUUUAUGGCUUUAUUCAUUUAUAUAAUUUUAAACAGCGAAUAAUAUGUUUCUUGUAUAUUAUAAUAAUAAACUUAAAUAUUUUUUUUUGUUUGGCCCAUUAAUUCAUUUUAUUAAAUUAAAUAAAAUACCAUUUUGCUAUUUAUUUAAUAUAAUUGUAAAAUAUCAGCUAUUGGACUAUUUUAAAUAUUUUACUAUUUUUAGAUAUUUGGAGUUCAAUCAAUUAGUGGUUCUGGAGCACUUCGAGUGGGUGCAGAAUUCUUAGCUAAACAUUUAAAGUGUACUACAUUCUAUUAUUCAACACCUACUUGGGGUAACUAUGUACAAAUAACAUUAUGAUAUUAAGUAAUAAUAUUAAAUAUUGAGUGAGUCAUUACAUUUUAACAUAGCUAGUUUAAUACAAUUAUUUAAAAAACCUAACUUUACUAUUUGACAAUAUUAUAGAGAAAAGCCCAGAGAUACCCUCAAAAAUAUUAUCUUAAAAUUUUGUAAUCUUUGUUGAAACUAUUUUUUAAACCAAAAUGCUGCAAUUCAAAUUCUAAGAAAUGUAAUUUUCUAUGUUGUGCAAUGUUAAACUGAACCUGGAAGUGUGGGAAUAAAAUUAUCUUAAUUGAUAAUUUAAAACCAUUUAGUUAUUAACUUUUAUGUUUUAAUAUCUAUUAUAAUUCACAAUUUGAGCUUCUUAUUAAUGUAUUAUUAAGAAUGUAUUGGUUUUACUAUGACGUGUUUCUUUUCUUUCUGAACAACUUUUCUAUCUGAAAUUAUCAAAUAUAGCAUAUUUUAUAAAAUUAAAUCCUAUCGAGUUAGUCCAUUGUGAAGAGCCAUUUUUUGAUUAUCCUUUUAGUGAAAUUAUUGUUAAAAAAAUGUUGACAAAAAUCAUUCAAAUCUAAGCAUUUCAAAAAAUGUUAAAUCAAAUUUCAAUCAGAAAUGAUCUGUAUACAGAUAUAAAUUAAAUUAAUCUAUAUAUCCUACCUACUAAUUUUUUUUUUUUGAGUUGUAAUAGACUAAUAAUUAUUAUUUAUCCAAUAUUGUUAUUAUAUUGGUUUAUUGUAUUUAUGAUAAAUUGUUUUAUGAUACAAUCAAACAAGUAUAAAAUGUCUUGUUUGCAUUACGCAUUAAGUAUAUAAUAAUAUUUAAUGCGUAAGACAUUUUAUACUUAACACUUAAUAUUUGUAGAUAUACACGUGAACAUUUGAAUUAAAUAUUAUUAUAUACUUAAUGCGUAAUUCCACUCAUUGAAUAAAUUUUCUUUUUUAGUAAGUACUUCAAAUAGUUAAAAUAUUAACUAUCAUAGUACCUAUGGUUUCAAGGGGUUUAUUUCAAUGAUUUAUCUCUACUUUAGAAUAAAAAAUAUACAAAUGUUAUGCUAACCUAUGAUAUAUAUAUAGACUAAUAUAUAAUGCUCUCCUUUACAAAAUUCUGUGAUUACAGUUUUCAAUAUUAUGUGAUCAAUAAACCAAAAAAAUCAAAUUUUUCUGAAAAUUGAACAUUUAAAGUUUAUGACAUAGACAUUAGUUGAAUUUAAUUUUGCCAAUUACCUUGAAAUUUAUUUAACACAUGAUAGUUGCUAAUUACGAAUAUAACAAUAUCUUUAUAUAUUUUAAUAGUAAAACUGCUAAAUAAAUGUAAUAAUAUUUAUUAAUUUUGGUAGUAUUUGAUAGAGAUUAAUUUGGGUACUGUGCAAAUAUUGUAUAAUCUGAAAUAUUUGUUCAUUAGUAUUAAUUAUUUUUAAAUUAUAUACAGCAUAAGUGACCUCAAAAACUUAUAGUUUAUUUUAAUUUUAAAUAAAUAAAUAUUAAAUACUUUUACCAAGAUAUACAAAUAUAGUUGAUUGAUGAAAUAUUAAAUUAUUUUAUUUUAUUGAAAUUACAGGCUAUUGGUAGUCCAAUAUUAACAUUAUAAGAAACAUUUUUCAAAAACAUAUUUUGUUAGAUAUAAGAGAAAAAUUUAAUCUGAAAGUCAUAUUGUAAUAAUUAUUUUCAAGACUUAAGAAUUAAUACAAAAUUAUAUUAAAAAUGUAAAUAUUAAUAGUUUAUUAAUUUAAGUUUUUUUUUUUUAGAAAAUCACCAUUUGAUUUUUAUGAAUAGUGGAUUUAAAGAGGCAAAGACUUAUCGCUAUUGGAAUGCAGAAAAUAGAUCCAUUGAUUUUGAUGGAUUUAUUGAAGACUUAUCAAAUGCACCAGAAAAUGCAGUUAUCAUAUUACAUGGAUGUGCCCAUAAUCCAACUGGCUUGGACCCAACUGAAGUUCAGUGGAAACAAAUUGCAGAAAUUAUAAAGGUUGGUAAAAUACAAAUUCAUGAAAAUAAUUUUUCAUUAUCUCAAAAUAAAUUUAAUAUGAUUGACUGGAAAUUAUGAUGGCUUAUGUUUGUCUAUAAACAAUUGUGGAUGAUGUUAAUAUAUUAUUUAUAACAAUAUUAUAACAACUGUAUAGUAACAAUAACACUAAUUAUUAAUGUGCUUUUAUGUAAGUUAAUAGUAAAUGUUUUUGUGCAAUUUUUAGGUUUUAGAUUCUGAGCGAAACAAGGAAUGAAUGUAAUGGUUUUACUAUGACUCAUGCAGUUUUUUUUAUGUUUAAAUCUCUUUUAUACCAGACAUUUUCCUUUGAUUAUCAACUUCAAGGGUGGAUUUUGGUAGCAAACUUUGUCUAGUUGGUGCAUUGAGAUAUUAUUAUUUUUAUUUUCCUUAAUAUUUGGUAAAAAAAAGGCCCGAAAAACAGGACAAUUUAAGAUAGAUGUAUAAGUUAUUUUUUUUUUUGUAAUUUAGUUAAAAAUAAUAAUUGUAGAGACUAAAAUUGUAAUGGCCCAUGAAAAUGCUCUAUAAUUUAUCACGAGAUUAAUCAUACGUUUUUGUGUUAAAUAUAUUUGUCUAAAUGUAUGAUUUUCAUUAGAUUAAGGUAUACAUUUUUUGCAUGUAUAAUUUAUUAUUAAAUUGAUUUAUGGUAUUUUAUCAUACAGGAUUAUUUAUAUUUCAUAACAUUUUUACUGUUAUCAAAAAAUACAUUUUUAAAUUUAAUUGAUAGGAGAUGUCAUAUUUUGAAUUGCCUUGCUUUUUUUCUAUUAAUGAGGAAAACAUGCAAAUAACUCAAAACAUGUUUAAUUGAAUUAGUAUUGUAAGUUACAUUCAUUGUUUAAACAAAAUUAUUCUAUAAUUAUACUAAAUUUCCACAUGCCCACCAGUAAACUUACUAAAAUAAUAUAACAAUUGCUUGUAUGUGGACUUCAAGGAUAAAGUAUAAAUAUUUUCUAUUUUUUAUUAAAUUUUAGCCACUAUAAUUUCUGACUCCUAAUUAUGAGUAAGAAAAAUGAAACCAAUAUAAUAUUAUUAAUAUUUGUAUAGUAAUACAAAUAUAGUGAUUACUUAAUAUUAGAUAUUUAAACAAAUUGCUUUAACUUUUAAUUAUAUAUAUCUAGGAACGUAAAUUAUUACCAUUCUUUGACAAUGCAUACCAAGGUUUUGCAUCUGGAGACUUGGAAAAGGAUGCAUGGUCUGUUCGAUAUUUUCUUAAUCAAGGAUUUGAGUUCUUAUGUUCACAGUCAUUUGCUAAAAACUAUGGACUUUACAGUGAGUUAAUAAUACUUGUUAAAAUUAUUUAAUAGUAAAAUGAUCUUAAUAUAAUUUCGUUUAUUUUUAUUGUAAAGAUGAGCGAGCUGGAAAUUUAACAUUUGUUCUCAAUUCUGUGGAAAACGUUAAAGCUGUGAAAUCUCAGGUGACAAUGAUUGUUAGAGGAAUGUAUUCAAAUCCACCAAACCACGGUGCACGUACUGUCAGUACAAUACUGAAUAAUAAUGAACUCAAACAAGAAUGGUAGGUUUGAAUUAAAAAAAAAAAACUGAAAAGUAUUUUAUCAUAAAGGUGUAAUGCAGGGAUCGACAAUUAGAUUGUAGAGCCAGAUAAUUUGAAAACAAAUUUCAAGGGCUAUAUAUUUUCGGAGUUAGGAAAAAAAAGAAGAAAAUUCAACAUUUUGUUUACUAUAUUAUUUGGUGUUUUAUUGUAUCUUAUUUAACACUUCCAGAAAAAACAGAUAUUUAUUAUUUAAUAAUGGAACAUUAUGUUUUUAUUUUCAUCUUUAAGGUUUUUAGAAAAAAAAUUAAGUAUGCAAAUAACAGCUAAUAUAAUGUAAUAUUUUGCUAUCAUCUAUUAAUACAAACUGAAUAUUCAAUGUAAAUUUCAUAAUUCCUUUAAAAACGAUGUUUGCAAUCACAAUUUAUAAAAACUGAAUAAUGUAACAAUCAGUGGGUAUAAGGUACAACGUCCCCUGUUAUGUUAUCAUAAACAGUUAUAAACAAUAAAUACCAUCGUAAUCAUACAUAAUAAAUUCAUAAAUAUAAAUUACAUUUGCAUCUUGGAUAUUUUGGACCUACAGAGAGAAAAAAGUGAAAACAAAAUCUUGCAAUAAAGAAAAAAAAUGUUACCGGGCCGUUUAAAUGUUAAUUUUCUCUCCGCAAAUCGUCUAUUGUCAACUCCUGGUCUAAUAAACAAACAAUGGCAUGAACACUUGUGAUUUUUUUUAUUGAUGAACUUGCACUCAAUAAUACUUAAUUCAUAAUAUUAUAUACUACUUUUAACUUAAACCAUUCUACUGAUAAAUAAUUUUAGGAUUAGAUUCACAAAAAAGUUUUCAUCCCUAUUUUCUUUUAAGUAGUUUCAUAUAAAAUGUGGCUAAUCUAACCUACUCAGCUCUGACAAUAAAAACAAAAAUAAGUUAAAUUAAUUGUUUUGAUUUAUGGUUAUAUUUUAUUAUAAUUUUUGAUAUUAGGUUACUAACCUUGAAAUUCAUGACAAAUAGAAUAAGAGAAAUGAGAAAAGCUUUGCGAGAAAAUUUAGAAAAGCUUGAUACUAUUGGGACAUGGAAUCAUAUAACUGAUCAAACUGGAAUGUUUUCCUAUACAGGAUUAUCAGGUAAAAUAUUAAUAAACACAUUUAUUUAGUUAUUUUUUAUAUUUAACUAAAUUAAAAUAUGUUUAAUUAUAGCAAGUCAUGUAGAAUACAUACGAAACAAGUACCAUAUAUACAUGUUGCGUUCUGGACGUAUUAAUAUUUGUGGACUGAACAUAGAUAAUGUAAACUAUGUAGCUGAAGCAAUUACAGACGCUUUAGUGAAUGCUACCAAUUAACGAUUACACAUUUUUAAAUAUAAAUAAUCGACUAGUUUUUAUACUAAACAUUUUUUUAUUAGUCAAAUUUUACAUUAUUUUUACCAAGUAGGUAAAUAUCCAUUGUAAUUUGUGUAUACACACUUGUAUUGAUCAAUUAUUUACUGUAUUUUAUUAUUAUUAUUAUUUUUAACCAAUAUUAUUAAUACUGUACUAUUAAAUAAGUUACCUAUUUAAUAUUGUUAUUUAAAACAAAAUAUUAAAUACGGUUUUGGACCGUGUAUGAAGAUUCUAGAACAAUGUAGAAUAUUAAUUAUAAAUUUAUGUUGAACAUUUUGACUUUUUUAAAUUUUUAGUUCAUUGUUAAUAAUAAAGUUUUUGAUGUUAAUGAAAAAAAUAUUAAACCUUUUAUUUUUCUUAUAACAUUUUUUUUAGAUUUGGAGUGUAGCAAUGUAUUGGUUUUACAGUGAUGCAAUUUUUUUUACCAAAAAUAAAUCGUACUCUAAUGUAUCAAAUUUAGCUCAUUUUCUGAAGAAAAAUUCUAUUUAGUUGUUACUUAAGAGAGGUAUUUUUCAAUUUAUAUUUUUAAAAAUCAAAACUAAAAUGAAAAAAGACUGACAUACUACAUACGAGAGGUUGGCCAAUAUUGUAGGUGAAAAGUUUAGAAGGUAAUAUUUAGAGGAGAAUUUAAUUUAUAUCUAUACUCAACAAUAGACUUUUGCUAAUAAAAAACCAUUCGGAGCGAAGUUAUUUUUAUACAUUUAUGUACAUUUUUCUGUUUUCUUAUGUUUUUUUCUUGGUUUUCCCUAUUUAUUAUGAAAACCUUUUGGAAAGUCAAAAAAUUACCUCCCUAAAGUAUCAAGUAGAUAAAACAGUAUUUCAGAAAAGGUGCUACACUUAAUAAAUUAGACUAAGAUUUCUGGAAGAAUACUGUUACUCGCAGAAAAAAAAAAGUAAACAUUGUAAACCAAUACAUUCCUCACUACACUCCGAAUCUAAAACGUGCUCUUCAUGGACAAACAUUUGUUCUAAAUCAUUGCAUUUUAUGUACUAUUUACUGAUUUAUGUGAAUACAAAUUUAUUGGCCCUGCAAAUUUAAAUAAAAUGUUUAUUAAUAUUAAA